AUGGAGAAGGCGUUGUCGAGCGCGUCGAACCUGGUGAAGCUGCUGCCGAGCGGCACGGUGCUGGCGUUCCAGGCGCUGACGCCCACCUUCUCCAACCGCGGCGAGUGCCACACCCCCAACAGGUACCUCACUGCCGCGCUCAUCCACGUCUGCGCCCUCACCUGCGCAUUCCUCUCCUUCACCGACACCCUCCGCGGCCGCGACGGCAAGCUCUACUACGGCGUCGCCACCCUGAGCGGCUUCCGCCUCUUCAACUACGACGACGACGACGACGCCGCCGCCGCCGCAGUUGUGAGCGGCGGGGAUAUUCAUGGGGCCGGGCCGACGACUCUGGUGGCGGAGGAGGAGCUGCGGCGGCACCGGGUGCGGCUGCUGGACUGCGUCCACGCGGUGUUCUCGGUGGUGAUGUUCCUGACGGUGGCGUUCAGCGACUCCGACGUGGUGAAUUGCUUCUUCCCGGAGGCGGGGGAGAACGCGAGGCAGUUGCUCAUAAACUUGCCGCUGGGAGCGGGAUUCAUGUCCGGCGUCGUCUUCAUCGUCUUCCCCACCACCAGAAAGGGGAUUGGCCACCACCCCGAUCACUGA